AUUUGUCAUCUCUUUCCCCAAAUCCGUUUCCAUCCUGCGCACCGUCCAUCCGACCAUGGCCGCCGCCGCCAGCGCCGGCGACGUGGCCAGGUACUGGCUGGCGGAGCACCCGGCGAUCGUCGGCUUCCGGUGGAGCCCCUCGGGCGGCCUCUGGUUCUCCACCUGGGCCUUCCUCCUCGGCUUCCUCGCCGCCUACAUCCCCCUCUGCCUCUCCAUCGACGCGCUCCUCGCCGCCUUCCGCCGCAAACGCCCCCUCCCACUCGGCCCCCUGCCCCCGGCGCACGCGCUCCUCAUGGCCGCCGUGUCCGCCGCCAUCUUCACCGGCACGCUCCUCUCGGCGGUCGCCGAGAUACGGGACACGCGCUGGUCCUGGCGGGGCAGGAGCCGCACCACGCCGCUCCGCUGGCUCCUCUGCUUCCCGCCGGGCACCCGCUCCUCCGGCCGCGUCUUCUUCUGGUCCUACGCCUACUACCUCUCCCGCUACCUCCACGCCUUGCGCGGCCUGCUCGCCGUGCUCCAGCGCCGGCGCGGCGCCGCGGCGCGCGUCUUCGCGCACGCCGCGGCGGUCGCCAUGGCGUUUCUCUGGCUCGAGUUCUCGCAGUCCUUCCAGGUGCUCGCCAUCCUCGCCUCCACGCUGGCCCACGCCGUCGCCUUCGGGUUCCGGUUCUGGGUCGGCGCCGGGCUGCCGGCCGCGCGCGCCGCCAGGGGCGCGCCCGUCGCGCUGGCCUGCCAGGUGGGGCUGCUCGGGUGCAACCUGGCGUGCCACGCCGGGUUCGUGUGGAUGCACUUCGGCGGGGCGGUCGCCGGCGGGUGCAGCGGCAUCGGGGCCUGGGGGUUCAACACCCUGCUCAACGCCGCGCUCCUCUGGGUCUUCCUGCAUUGCUACGGCAAGCGCGGCGUCUGCGACGACGACGGGGGAGCCACCGCCGCCGGAAGCAAGAAAGCGCUGUGAUUUGCGAGGUGCGAGGUGAUUGAUUCCAUUGAUCCCGCCCCCCAAAACAUAUGUAACAUAUCAUCGAUCAUCGAUCUUUCGUGUACAUAUAUAUGUAGGCUGAAAUUUUGCGUCCCAAUGAGAUGCGGAGGAGGCGCGCUGAUAUAAACAACAAAAUUAUAGAAAUUUAAUUAUAGAGA